UCAGAAGCAACUCAUGGAUUAUCAGGGGAAAGAUAGGAUCAGCAGUUUGCCGGACUCCCUUCUUCAUCACAUACUCUCUUCCCUCAAAAUUAAGCCCAUUGUGCGUACCAGUCUUUUAUCUAAAAGAUGGAGAUAGAAUGUUGCCGCUUCUUGGUACGUCUAACAUCCAUAGAUUCUCUCUCCGUUGUGAUGAACUUUGCGAUGAUUCUAGGAUUAGUGCCAUGGUUUCCAGUGUAAUAAGGUGUAAAGUUGUAAAGAUGAAUCUCAUCUUUAAACACAAAAGGCCCUUCUUAUUGCCCUCUACUCUUUUUACCUGUGAAUCACUUGAGAAGUUGUGGAUACGCUCAUCUUCGGUUCUAUACCUACCAAAAUCCAUCUCUUUUCCAAGACUCAAGCUGCUUCAACUUGCUCUCGUCGAAUUUACGGAUGAGUGCUUGACUGAGCAACUCUUUUCCAACUGCCCAGUCCUUGAAGAAUUGAUUAUACGUUGGUGCAACUGGGUCAAUAUGAAGGCUGUAUGUAUCUCAGCUCCUGCACUGAAAUGCUUAAUAAUUGAUUGUAUCGGUGACCCUCUGAACAUUAAUAUUUUACAUAACUGUGAGGUGAAGAUUCAUGCACCAAGUCUCGUGUCUCUAACAUACAGAGAUUGCAUUGCCAAGGAAUUUGUUUUCUCUAGUUUAUCAUCACUAGUUGAUGCAAAGAUAGACAUUGAUGUUGGAGAUAGUUUUCCUGAAACAAGACAGGAAGAAACAGAGUAUUGUGCAGCUGUGACUAAGUUCCUUCGACAGAUUGUCAAUGUAAAACACUUGAAAAUCUCUGGCAAUACCCUUGAGGUUCUUUCUUUUGCAGAAGAUCUCUUAACCGAUCUGCCAACAUUUUACAACUUGAUCCAGUUGGAGGUGCUUUCGGUAGUUAAAUAUUAUGCUCAUAAAACUCUAUUCCCUCUGAUUCAAACGGCACCUAAUUUGGAGUCACUUGUAUUUUGUAAGGUCUUUUCACCAUAUCUGCAUGAUGAUGGUGAUGGUUGGCUGCUGGAUAUGGACACGGUGAGUGAGUCUUUAUUUCGAAACAUCAAAUUUGUCCAAUUCAAGGAAUUUUUCGGGACCCCGGGGGAGAUGAAGCUGGCUAGGGUAAUUUUGAACAAUGCCAGUGCUUUGCAGAUGAUGACGAUUACUUGUACAUUAUCAAGGGAUCUCAGUAGCAAAGUAGUUGUUAUGGAGGAGUUAUUAAGGUUCCCUAGGGGGUCACCAAGUUGUGUAAUUGAAUUUUCUUAAAACCUUUAUUUCUCAGUGAUUGAAAGACUAUAGGGUUAUGUUUUACAUGCAGUUUCUCUUGCACAUUUUCUGUAGAAGGCUCCUUGUUCUGAAAAUUCUCAACUUACCUACAGAAAAGGAAAUUGAUUGAAGUUUUGAGUUGUGGAAUCAAUUUAU